AUGCUUGCCAAGGUCUCUUUGCUGGCACUUGUUAGUGCAGCUCUGGCCGCCCCUCAGAGCGUCAAGCGUGCUGAUAUCGAUCAUGAUGCCGUCGUCGGCUUUGACGAGACCGUCCCAGACACCACCAUCGGCGAGCUCAUGUUGAAGUGGAAGCCCACGCUUUACGUCGUUGACGGCUGCGUGCCAUUCCCGGCCGUUGACGAGGAUGGCAACACCAGUGCUGGCUUGGCCCCGUCGGGUGAUCCCAGUGGCGACUGCGACUCCAGCACUGGCCAGAUUUACGCUCGUGCCGAGUCUUACAAUGACGCCUUUGCCAUCAUGUACAGUUGGUACUGGCCCAAGGAUGAGCCAUCAUGGCUCGAAUCACUCGUGGGAGUUGGCCACCGCUAUGAUUGGGAGGACAUUGUGGUCUGGCUAUCUGAUGACACAUCUGAUGCCACUCUGUUGGGCGUUGCCGCGUCUUACCACGGUGACUACGUCACGUCGACGGACCCGGACCUGAGCGGCGACUCUCCUUUGAUCAAGUACUACACCGCGUACGCCAUUCUCGACCACUCUCUGGGCUUCACCGACACGGUUGGUGGCACGCAGCCGCUCAUCGCCUGGGACUCGCUUCCCACGGUUGCCCAGGAGGCUUUGGCUGACAAGGAUUGGGGUGAUGCCAAUGUGCCCUUUAUCGAUGCCAACUUUGAGUCUAACUUGGCAGAGGCUGAACUGUAG